UAAUAAUGAUGUAUUAAGCUUUUAUUUUUCAGAGUGCGUUUGUACUUCCAGAUUUCCUCAGCCCCUGUCUCGCUCUUCUUCCAUUCGUCACAGUCAGUGUUUUAAGCUUGCAUGCUUCGCAGCCUCUUCACUGAGCGUGGACUCAGCCUCCUCCCAAAUUCCUCUCUUCUUCACGCUACAUAGAUUAUCCGCAUGCUGAGAUGCUAUCCUGCUCAUUGCUUCUCACUGCAAGGUUCUUCACAGCGAGAACUUUUCCUUCGUAGGUGUGUGAGUGGUGAAAAGGUCAAAGUUAUAGUGUUGGGAUUGGUUGCUCAUACAGUAUCUCCUAAGUUAUCGUUGAAAAGUAUGCGUCAACGCAUUUUCUGUUACAGCAGAACCUUAAUAGCAGGUGUUGACCUAAAAGCUGUUUUCGGUUUGUAUUAGAGUGGACUUUAUAGACCUGUUUCAGCACCACCCUAAGUUCAAGACCUAUCUCUUGAAAUCUAAAAACAGUAGGACAGAUCAAGUGAUUUAAAUCAAAAGUCCAACUUCAGUGCAUGUAUUUAAAUUUUACAUGGCUUAAUGUGAACAUGAUUACAUGUGUAUGUCCAAUCCAUGUGGUUUAAAUUACACACAGUCACAAACUUUAUUAUUCACAUGGCUCUCUGGCUCCUUCACUUGGUGUCCUCCAUCUUUAUCAUUUUCCUUUUGUCCUUCUUUCUUUUUUUUUGCAGUUAAGACAUUCCUUGGCCUCCCAGCAGUUAUUUUCUUCAAGAAUCUGAUCUGGCACCCCAGUGAGCAUAGCCUCGUCAUGUUUAUGUUCCCAGUCAGGUUGAGGAGGGGUUUGUGGCACGCCACAAACCCAGGAACACCCUCUGACCUUUGAACCCCCUUGCACCUCUCUCCGUCUCUCUCUUACAUUCUGAUAUCUCAUGACCGAGCCCUCUAACAUUACAUUUUUGUGUUUGCCCUCUUAAUGAGAUUCCAGCUGGCAGGGCGCCCAUGUUAGUGACAAUAAACUUCUUUAGACUCUCCUGUUGGAUCUAUGUGCUUUGCAAGCACAAUGUAAUCUAUAAAUCUGCUGCAUGUAGAUUGAUGGAUGAUGUUGCUCUGCAGCAGCUGGCCGCACAUCCACAGGCUCCUCUGAGGUGUUAUUUUAUCAUCCUCCUCUCUGUGUUUGCUCUUGUUCUUGGGGGAUUUGAGAAACACGCUCUUCGUCCUCCUAUCAAAAUAAAGAAGUAGCCGUGCCUCGCCUGUUCGCCCUCUCUAAGAUGCAUGCACCUGUUGACAAUUUAAGCCAGCCGGCGUAGCCCUGUCCAACUCCUCCGUCUGGCAGUGUGUAACUUAGAGCUCCGUCUCUCAAGAUAAAUCAGCUCCAGUGUAAAGUCCCUCUGCAAGGCUCCCGCUGAUUCCUCUUUUGACAUAUUUUCAGGCGAGCCAAGAUAGCGCAGCAGUCCAUUUUGGCAGAGAUAGUUGUUGUGAUAACUUGCUGUGCCUUUCUUAAUAAGGAGCACAUGGUUUGACAGAUUUCAAGUGUGUCACUGUUCCUGUUCAUGUCUUCGCCCUGAGGGGGGAAUGUGAUUACUUUAGUCUUCCGACAAGACAUUUAGAAAUAAGCAGAAGCAACAUCCCCAAAUUUGGUCUGUUAGCAAAUCUGGAUCCUAUAAGACAGGGGUUUACAGAGUAUUUGUGUUUCAGGGGAGGCUCAGUGAAAGGGCGUGAAAAAUUAUUACCUUAGUUAUCAAAAGGAGAUCACAGAAUAGCUUAAAUGUGUGUGAUCUGGUUAAAGAAAUAGUUCAGAGAUACAGUAGUUUUGGGGAAUUUUACUGUUAUUGCCACUUUCCCGGAGUCAGAAACUAAUAAAUGUUUUAUGACGGACCCUUUAUAUGUAUUUGGUGUAGUCUGGAGUUAUGUAAACAGCAAUGUCAGGCAAAAUUGGCUCUGUUGUUAAGUGCCUAUGGGAUCAAAUAACAUAAUCAUGAUCUCUUAGGCACCUCGGAAUUAAGCAAAACUAAGCAAGUAAACUUGGGGGGUGGGGGUGCUUUUUCCGAGCUUUGUCUGAAGGCAGGCCCAAAGUCUCAGACUUUGAAAACCCCUGCUAUAAGAUUUGACAGGCUCUGAAAGGAUUGUGGACUUGCAGAGGGACAUCAAUUCCAGGAAGGGGAGCACUGGAGAGUUCAAAUCUGUUUGAGGCUUUCAUCACCUUCCUGCGUUUUUGUGGGACUCGCAGAUUGUCUCGUUCACCUCCAACUCUCCCGUUUUGUCUUCUCAUUGGGACGUAGUCAAAGCACCCUGUAUUUUUGGUUUUCAUUUCCUGAAUCCAGUCCUUGUGGAGAUCACGAAGUGCCUAGUCAUGGAUUAAGUUCAGCUAACCAAAUGAGGAGAUAUUUUGUUUUCAUGUCAUUCGUCUGAGCAGCGAAUUAAACAAAUAAGUAAAAGAGGGGUUUGCGUACUCUCCUCUAAAUGAGCACCAUUAUCUAGCUACUGUGGUACAAGGUGAAUGCCAGUUUCACCUCUUUGAGUCUUGCAUGGGAACACUUUGGCACAUUGUGUGUGGCACAAAAAGAGUGUCAUUUGAAAAGCAAUGCAGUUUACUAAAUAAUGUAGAUGAAAAUCUUAUCAAUCUGUUAAAAUCAGUAUAUAUUGAUCAGAUGUUUUAUUGGGCAAAAUACCAUUAUGAGUAUUUUGAGCUACAGACAAUGAUUUAAUAUUGUUGAAAAUGACGCCCACUAUAAAUUUCUUGGUUUUGAUUUAUUUUUAUUUUUUUAAUUAAAUCAACUGUUGAUUGCAGAUUGCAAAUAUUUCAACUAUUGGACAUAAGAUGAUUCUUGUUGUAUUGCUUAUUGGACCGUGAUUGGCUUUCAGUCAUGAUGUCACAAAGUCCAGCUCGGUGCGCACACUUAAACUCAGAUGUAAGCUUUUCCCCUCUGCAACAGACAAGUGUGAGAACAGCUGUUUUUCUGCAGCGUGAAGGUCAAACAUCCCAGGGAAAUAUAAAAGAAAAGACAAGACUUGUAAGCUUUAGUUAACUAACUAAUACAGAGUAUGUGACUGGUGAGGGUGACUGUUUCCAAUAAGUUAAAUAAUCAUGUUGACACCACAAUAUUAUUACUCCAAUUCUGUGAGGAGGCACCGAUGUGAGAGUGGAUCAGGAGGAGGGUCGUGACAGAAGGGUAACACUGGAGAGGAGGUGUGUGUGGGAAACAGAGACAAACCCACAGCAGCCUAGCCAAACUUACAUUAGAUCUGCGUUGCGACUGUCAUAUGAUGGUUUCUGUUCUGUUUGCAUUCUUCAUGGCAUUCGGCCGGCUCGAGUGAUCUCAUGGAAUGCACCCGGGAUUUUUCUUCAAGAAAACUUUUAGCCCAACUCAGCGCUCAACUGCUCUCUCACCCAGACUGGAGUCUCUGUGUGGGUCCUUUUGAAUGAAUUUUUUGACCCAAAAAAAUAAAACAUUCCACCUAAGUAUAUCAUGGGAUUUCGGAUGUGAAGCGAGGUGACUGGAUCAAUGCCGUACUGAAGGUGAAAGAAAAUGCGGAUACAGUCGUUCAUUUGGAUCUUGCACUUGGUGAAUCUUACAAAAAGUCUGGAUAACGCCAGGAUCCUGCGAUACACACGUAGCUCCUCUGUGAGCAGACUCUGUCCAGCAGCUUGUGCGACAUGCUCGUCCCUGAAUGGCUGUCUGUCCUGUAAACCUCGCCUCUUCUUCCACUUGGAGCUUGACGGGAUGCGGCAGAGGGGCACCUGUCUGUCCUCCUGUCCCCGGGGUCACUAUGGCAUGCGCUCUCCGCACAUCAGCACCUGCACCAGGUGCAAGGAGGACUGCGCUUCCUGUUUCAGUGAAAGUUUCUGCACACAUUGUCGUCCGGGACACUUUCUGUUCCGGGGCAAAUGUGAAAACAGCUGUCCAAAUGGGCUGACAGCAAACGCUGCACUGCGAGAAUGCACAGAGUGCUCUAUAGGCUGCGAGAUGUGUGUGAGCAGGGACACGUGCAUGAGGUGUAGAGCCGACCUGUACUUUCUCCAUGACCAGUGCCAUCUCACCUGCCCGAGGGGAUUCGAGCCUGAUGUACAGCUCAUGCAAUGCAUCCCCCAAGUGCACUGUGAGGUUGGGGAGUGGACAGAUUGGGGUCCAUGUGUUCGGAAAAGGAGCAUGCGGGCCUACAGGAGGGGAGCGGAGACGCGUACCCGACAAGUUCUGCGGUCUCCGAGUGUCGGCGGUGACCCCUGUCCACAUGUGUCCGAGAUCAGGAAGUGUGUCAUCAAAAGGAGACCAAAGAGUUCAAAAAUUAAUAAAAGGGAUGGAUGGAUAUGAUGAUCGUACAUGGAUUUCUUGUGUACCUAUCAACACCUUUGCUGCAUUGCUUGGCGUUAUCUGGACUUUGGCUGUAUCAGAGACAUUUCAUAUCAAUUUCUGCUAUGUGCUGUUUUACCAGGGCAUGUUAAAAAUACUUGUUUGUUUAACAUAGUGAUUGCCAAGCGUGACUAUGGUUCCGUUUAUAUGUUAUUGUAACUUGGUGAGGACACCUCAUCUUCUUACUUGCAAUAAAAUUUAUUAAACAUA